AAAAUAAAUAAUUUUUUAACCGAUUUUGCCUCGUCACUUGAAAUACCGUUUUGGUACUUCCGGUUGUUGCUGAACCUGGUUGCUAACCAGUUAGCCAUGCUAACUAUCUAGCCUGUAUUCACACGAAAAUAGUCAAAAUAACAGGACAGGAAUAACGCAACGACGAAACUAAUAGACGCAGAUUCAUUCCGUGUCAUUUAACUCGUAAAAAUUAGUAUACAUUUACUACUUUGAAUCGUCGACUUGUUUUAUUUUGUUGGGAAAACAACCCGUUUUAAGUGAGCUAAAGUUGUUCGCCACAUCACAACAUAUAACUACCGUGAGGACGGUCACCGGGAGCCUCCCGGUCCCCGCGUCUACAGACGGACAAUUAUGGAAGUGAAAUAACUAUAAUUACAACCAACUCCUACAUUUUAUAUUUAUAUAUUAUAUAUAUAUAUCAAAUAAAACAUGUCAGCCAGUGGUUUCUCCGACCUGCGGGAAAAGCUGACGUCCAUGACUCCUCACCGGGACAAUUACAAAAACAGAGUUACCGAUAAGGACGACAGUUACAAAAAUAGGAAAGUUAAAGUUACCGACGGAGGUAGUAGUAACGGGAACGGCCGGAAGCGGAAGCACCGAGAUUCCUCCGAGGAUGAGGUCGAGCCUGUGGAGUCCCGUGAGCAGGAGGCGAGGCGUGUCCAGAGUGGCAUUGUUCAGGUAGAGGUCUUCUCUAAAGAGGACUGUGAUGUCAUUGAGGGCAAGAUAAAUGAGGUGGUUGCUAACGGAGAAGCGGGGCUUUACCGGGAACACACCGUAGAUCGGGCACCGCUACGGAACAAAUAUUUCUUUGGAGAGGGCUAUACAUACGGGGCCCAGCUAGAGAAGUCUUCUCUAAAGAGGACUAGAUUGUACCCUAAAGGAGAGGUAAACCCCGACAUCCCGACCUGGGUUCACCUCUCUCUGUCAUCACUAAACUGGUCUCCUGUUGUUGAUGUUGUUUUUUGUCCUGUAGGUUUUGUGAACUCGGCGGUGAUCAACGACUACCAACCAGGCGGCUGCAUCGUGUCACAUGUCGACCCGCUCCACAUCUUCGCCCGGCCAAUCGUAUCCGUGUCCUUCUUCUCAGACUCGGCCCUCUGCUUCGGCUGCCGCUUCCAGUUUAAACCAAUCAGAGUGUCCGAGCCCGUCCUGGAGCUUCCUGUCAGGAGAGGAAGUGUUACUGUCCUCAGUGGCUACGCGGCUGAUGACAUCACCCACUGUAUCCGCCCCCAGGACAUCAAGGAGAGACGAGCCGUCAUCAUCCUCAGGAAGACGAGACCAGAUGCUCCCCGUGUAGACCAGAGCCCCUCCCCUAACCCCUCCCCUCCUGAGAGACACGCCCCUCUGAAGGCCAAACGCUCUCACCGCAGAGCUGACCCAGACGCUGCACACAGGUACUCACACACUGGGAGACAUACACUCACACACAGGACCAGAGCCCCUCCCCUAACUCCUCCUACCUGAGAUACAGGACCAGAGCCCCUCCCCUAACUCCUCCUACCUGAGAUACAGGACCAGAGCCCCUCCCCUAACUCCUCCUACCUGAGAUACAGGACCAGAGCCCCUCCCCUAACUCCUCCUACCUGAGAUACAGGACCAGAGCCCCUCCCCUAACUCCUCCUACCUGAGAUACAGGACCAGAGCCCCUCCCCUAACUCCUCCUACCUGAGAUACAGGACCAGAGCCCCUCCCCUAACUCCUCCUACCUGAGAUACAGGACCAGAGCCC